AUGCAAAAUGGUGAAAUAGUAGACACGCAAAUCAGUUCUUCAUCAUCUAUCGAUGAGGCUCAUGCUGCCAGUCGAGGCCGUCUACACUUAAACGCAACUUCAGGAAAGGCAGGCGCUUGGUCCGCCGGCACAAAUGACAACAGCCAGUGGCUCCAGGUUGAUUUGCGUAAUAAUAACAUCAGAGUCACGGGUGUUGCGACACAAGGGAGAAACGGAUGGUACGCGCAGUGGGUAACGAAAUAUAAGUUACAGUACAGCAAUAAUGUGGUGAACUUCCAGAACUACAAGGAGCCUGGACAUACCGCUCUUAAGGUGUGCACGAAAUCCAUUCAGCUACCCAUGCCACUUUUUAUGUUCAUUGUUAAUUUUUUUUAGAUUUCAUCAACCAGUAUAGUAUAGCUCGCUUGGUUUUUUUUAUCGAACAAUAGCUCUGACAACUCUUGAGAGUGUUUUAAGCAUGGAUAAGAUAAAUCCUAACAUACUUGAUUCAACUAUCAGGAUCAAUGACACUGAGACGACAUAUUUAAGAACCUGAAUGAGCGUAAUCUUUGUCACUUAACAGUGUUAGUUAUCACAUGCUGACCUCGUGUGAAGAUUAAGUCAAUACAAUUAGUGCUUUAAAGAUUCACUAUUUUGCUAAUGUAGGAUUUCGCUGGAAACAAAGAUCAGGAUUCUGUUGUUUAUCACGAACUUAAGUUUCCUAUCAGAGCACGAUUCAUUCGCGUUCAACCAGAGGCUUGGCAUAGGCAGAUAUCAAUGAGAAUUGAGUUGUAUGGUCAUCAGAAAGGUAUGUUAAUCAAAAGUGUGUGGUUUUAUCUUCAAAUUUAAAAAAAUUGUGAAACUCUUUUGAUUGAAUUAGGAUAUCCUCAAUAGAAAACUAAAUUAAACAGAAUUGAAAACAAACCAGAAAAGGCAUAACAUUCCGAAAAAAAUAAAUUAGAGAUGUUCACCAUGAAUUUGAUUUUUAUAAGCAAAACGAUGUGUCACCUCCAUUCUCAAAUAGAAUGCCAGAGAGCUCUGGGUAUGGAAAACAAUGAAAUCUCCGAUGGGCAAAUUCGAGCCUCUUCCAGCUGGGAUGGCAGCUUUGUCGCUAGCCGUGGGAGAUUAUCUAUUAAAGCAUCUGGUCCUAUAGGAGGAAGCUGGGUAGCUUCUGCUGAGAAUUCACAGCAAUGGCUCCAGAUUGAUCUUGGAGCCAACGAUACUAAAGUUACAGGUGUAGCUACUCAAGGUAGGCAAGAUGCCGACCAAUGGGUUACCAGUUACAAGCUUCAAUAUGGUAGUGAUGGAUUGAAUUUUCAGUACUACAAGGAU